UAAUAUAUCAAUCACAGAGAGGGAUCUGUCUUUUUCUGGCAAGUUGAAUAGGCCAUGGGAAUUUUUUCUACCUUACCUACACUUGCUGUCUUAUGAGUUAUGAAGUAUUAUUUUUCCUGAAGCCAUCAAGAAUGGCAGGGAGGAGGGGAGCUAGUCCAUAUAUUCACUCUUCCUCUGCGCGUCUCUAGGGUUUUCUGUCUCUGCCUCUUUAUCCCUGUCUCUGCUUGUUUCUGCUGUUCUUCCUCUUCUCUUGCCUCUUUGGCAUGAACCAGCAGUAGCAUUUGUUACAGGAUUUUCAUGAGUACGGUCUUCUGGGCAGUGGUUUGUGACAGGGUGGGGCAUCCAGGAGUGGCUGGUGGGGAUGAUGGAGCAAGAGGCCAGGCAAUUGAGGAGGCCAGUGGGAGAGCACUGGGUACACCCAGGUACAGAGGAAAGACGCAGCGUUCAGUGGGGUGGCUGAGGGUGGGGGUGCUGUCAGGAGGUGGAGGAGGUCUGGGCAAGCAUGACAGCCUUGGCACGAGGAGCAGUCAGCCUGGCCAGAUAGAGCAGGUAGGCAGCCAGCAGGAGCUGGCAUGAAUGUAGGAGGGCAGCAGGAGGCCGGAGGCUGGGCUCAGCUCUGGCGGCUGAGACCUGAGACUCAGGUGGGAUUAAGAGGACCAGGCCGGCAUCAGGGGCAAAAGUUAGCAAUCCUACCCCAGAGGCGAGGGCACCAGAACUUCAGGCCAGAACCCAGGCAGAGAGUGAUGAGAACGACCAUAGUAACCCAGUGCUUGCUUGUGGAGGACUGUUGGUGCCAGGUACCCAUCCGAACAUUUUAUUAGACCAAGGCUUUUAAUCUGCACAAUCUUCUUGAUAGAAUCCUCAUUUUGUAAGUGAGGAAAUGGAGGCACAGGAAGGUAGAGUAGCUUGCCGAGUGUUACCCUGCUGGGAAGUGGCACAGCUGGGAUAUGCAGGCAGUCUGGCUCUAGGGUCCCUGCUCAUAACCACCUUGCUUCAUGGUAUUCCUGUUACAUAUCACAGGGAGGACCACUCACACGGGGUGCAUGGGGCCUUUGGAGCUGGGCAAUGUGGGCUGCCCUGAUUCCGUACUACUUCCCUUAAAAAAUUUAAAAGGCGGAUUCUUCCACACUGCCUCCUGUGUAUCUUUCAUAUCUUAACUCGUUAAUUUCAAAACUAUUAUCUCCGUGGUAUUCGUGGGGCCUGGAGAGACUCUGGACAUGCCUCCCUAGGUGGUAAGGUCUGAGUUCAGCCUCAGAGAACUACAGCAGAGGACUAAUAGAAGUGGUAUCUAUUGUCUGUAGUUUUUUGUUUGUUUGUUUGUUUUGUUUUCAUUCCCUUGUCUGCCCUGUUGCUACCACCUAUCUGAUGGGCUCCAGGGAGGAAACAGGAGUAUGAUACUCAUUCUUGCAGUUGGCCACACAGAUUUCUAGAGGCAAAUGAGUGGAGUAAUAUUACUUACAGAAGACGAGAAAAUUCAUCUAGCACACAGUAGUCACUUAGUAAAAUUUAAACAAAAACAGAGAACAAAAUAAUUCCCAAGACUGAAUUGGCAAACAGAGACCUUGGACUUGUGUUCUAGCCCAUGGAGACGAGAAGAGAACUAGCCUUGGCUGAGUCCCAACAUUAUUCCUUUGUCUCUUCUCUGAGCUCUUGCAGUUCUGCUAUAGAACACAUAACUACACUGGCUUUGAACAGUUAAAUUCCCAAGAAAUUUAGGUGGAAAAUUAGAAUCAGAAUUGCCUUUUGCUUCUAAAUUUGCACCAGUUUGUCUUGAUCAUGGCUAUCUAAGUCUCAUAGCUAAUCUUCUCACUUUUGGCUUUUCUCUCCUUCUCUCUGUCCAAACAAGUGGAAAACAGAAAUACCUAUCCUUUGUACUCUACUGUCAUUUUCAUGGGUUCACUCUAUGACAAAGCCCAGCACUGGGUAAGGAAGAGGGACUUAAUAUCCCUAAGUGUAAAGCCCAUGAAAACGAACUGAAAGUAAUGUUUCCUUGUGAUACAAAACAGAGCUGUCCUAAUUUGUUGAGGGCCAUGCCAUUUCCUCCACUGAAUUAAGCUCAGUUGAGGCAUUUGUCAAAUUGCAAGGAUACCUUCCCCAUCAUGAAUCACGUGACAUUUAUAAACAGAGUCAUAGAGACGAUGCUUUUUCAUAGGGUUUUUUUGAGUUCGAACUGUUGAUCAUAAUGAGAGAUAAGGGGAAAAGAGUUGAGUCAGAAGUACAUUCAGCAGGGCAUCCUCAGAAUCAGAGGCAGCCCCCUUGAGGCUAUGUAGUUUUGGAGGCUACUCAGUAAUGAGAGGUAGGUGGGUUCCUGGGAAGCACCAGCACAAGAUAAGCCCCAAGGUUUUCAAACUUGUUCUCACUGUAACUGCAGGUGGGAGAAGUAGGCCAGAAACGGGGUGGUUUCUCUUUCAUCUUCUUGACCAUCAUUCAAAUGGAGAACUGUUAAAGUCAAAACCAAGAAGGUACCAGUGUCUUGGUUGCUUUUCACCACCUGCUGCAGUGAAGUGUGAAAUUUGGCCCUAGGAACUUGAACCUGCUGGAAUCCAUAGACCCUUUUACUAAAAGCCAGGGACUGGAGGUGAUCUGAAACAGGCCCGGGAAGCUCCCAGGGACCUCUCACUACUUCUCAGCCUGGUCUCAGUUUAGAGAAUCUUGGGACAGAGAUAGUCAGUUCUAAGAUCUUUCUAGAGUUCUGAGCUCACUUUUCUGGAACUCCUUAGAGUUCCUCUGGGGAGGUUCAGAGCUGAGUGUCUCCCUGGGGUUCCUCUGGAACUCUGGGAUCAGCCCAAAUAUUGGGUUGAAACCCUUAGGUGACUCAUAGGUGUGGUGCUGAUUCUGUGUAGAUACAGACCCUAGGGGAAGACUCCCCCACCUGUGAUCUGAUUUUUAGUUAUCAGCUGUGGGUGAACAAAAUGACUUCUGAUGGGAUAAUUUGUUUGAAUGGAAGGCGUGGGAAAAAUAGGAAUUUCCCCAACACAGUGACUUAUCUCUAUUUCACCAAAUUCCUCUUGGGAACACGCCUACUGCCCCUCAUUUUGAAAACUCUAUCAAGGAGGAAGUAGGGGAAGGAACACUCCAGUAUAGAACAUAUGGCUUUGAAUAAAACAAUUCAACCUUUGUAGGCACUAGAAGGAUCAGAUAAGGAGACUCCUGUUGUUCUCCCACCUCUUACAGUUUAUGAUUUGGAGUCCAGCACGUUUCUGACUUCCUGGGAAGCAGGCAGAGCCACGCUGCCCCUGCUUCACAUCUAUUCUUAGUUAGAGGAGUUGGGUGCAGGAGGAACCACAGCCUGCUAUGCGUGAUCCAGUGCCUGCCUGCUGACAUCCCGUCCUGGUCAGACUCGCUGACUGCAUGCAUUAGGGUACCGUAAAGUGCGCCCCUUCUCUUUAAAACUUCCUUUAGGCCCUCACACUGGCUAUAGGGAGUGCUCCACGGCAGCCAUCCACAGAAGAGCUGAGCUAUGUACAGUUUUUCCAGUUGGGAACAAUUUCUCUCAUCUUGAUGAAUUGUGAAAGUGGGCUGCCUCUGUCUUCUCCCCUUAAUUUAGAUGUCCAUUUAACAUAAUCAGAGAAUACCUAUACUUGGAAUUGAAGUGGUAAAGUCGGGAAAUGAUCUAGAGAAUUUCAGAGAAAAAAAGACCGUCUUGUCUCAGUUUUCCGUUGAUUCUGGUUGAAAUACCGUAUGGCUGUAGUUAAAGAGUUAAUAAUUAAAAUAAGAGUCUAACACGUGAAUUUGAGCACAGCAGCCCUUUGAUCCGGUCCUCUUGGUGUAUAGGGGAGGGAACCGAGGUUCCACCUGGCCAGGGACUUGCUCCAACAUGCAUCCUUGUCGACAGGUAGGGCCAGCACUGGGUUUCUCUCUAUGGAAUCCCGUUGACUGCACUCAUCCCCUGCUGCUGUCCUCCCUCCAUGGGGGCACAGCCUCAGAGGUGACAAUCUGUUCAAACCCUACCAUUUUGGGAUUCUGAAGGACAGCAGCAUCAUCUUGCUGUCAUUUAUAUCUGAAAGUGGACUAGGUAUUGAUGCCACUCCCAAGAUGUGCAACUCUGAUUGAAAGACAUGAACGGGUCAGCACAGACCUGGGAGAACUAUGCUCUGCUCAGCUGUUGUAGCCCUUGUGUUGUUUAUUAUUUUGACUCAGGUUUGUUCCUUUAAGAAUUACGCUUUUCAGAGAUACUGGCUGGAAGGACAGGCCUCCUUUCCUAGGUCCAGGGCCAGCCAGUUACUCCUGUGCUGAGCUCCCAUGAACUGCAGCCAAUGCCUUCCAGCUGACAAAGCAGCUUCUCAAUGGUAAGUGUUUAUGUUGCACUUUAGAUUUGCAGAGUUCUUUCCCUAAGUUAUUUCUUACCUCAUUUUGGCGGGUGAAGAUACCAGAGCCCAUCGAGGUGGUGACUGACUGGUCCAGAGUCAUCUGACCAAUUAGUGGCAAAGCUGAUACAGGGGACUCAGAGCCUCUGAGUUUCUGGGUCAUUACUUACCCAGUCAGUCGUGCAGCUGCUCUAAAAUAUGUUCUGUGCCCCUCACCAGCUCCUUUGUCCCCCUGACUUUAGCUGGCUUCUUUUAGAGUGGGCCAUAAAGCUCUCCUGUGUCAAAGCUGCAGCUUUUUUUUUUAUUGGUUGACCAGAAAGUUCUGAGUACCUAGAGAAACUCCAUCCCAGGCUGCUGCAAUGUGGGACCUGUCCUAGGUCAACUUGAGUUGUGGUGUGGCCACAGCAGGCGGAGGGAGUCUGACGUUUCUAUUUAGGUUUUGGGGGAAAGACCAAUGCCAUUUCAGGAUUAUUAAAGAUUUAUGCAUGGGAAAGGGAUGAAGAAUUUACAUGAAAACAUUGGCUGUUGCUUAAAGUUGAUUUAAAAAAUUCAACUAAAGGGCAUUAAACAUUUUGCAUCUAAAAGUUGAGAGGUUUUUGGCUUCCUUUUCGAACUUCACCAGUUGGGACACAGAGCUCUUUUCUUGCCAGUGAGGCAGAGACUUCAUCGAGAAUAUUGAAAACUUUUACUAUAGAAAUUCCCACAAGAAAUCUUACCAUCUGUUUAUUCUAGUCAUUUUUUUCUUCACCUUGGGUUUGAAGAUUUUUUUUUAUGACUCAUUGCCCUUUUGACUGAAACGCAUCUGUUAAGUACAGAUGUUGGAUGAGAUUAGUAUCUGUUUACCUGUCUUUACAUGAUAUUCUCUGAAAAUAAAAUCUUUCCUUUGCUCCCCUCUCCAAUUGUGAAUUUAAUUAAGAAGAUGAGCAGUUGUGUUUGGAGUAUUCAAUAGUCUGCCUUUCCAAACAUUCCACGCAGCCUUUUGGAUAUUGAUAAGUGUUUAUUGUAGAACUAACAAUACAGGCGAAACAGGAAGCAGCUCUUUGCUGGGUAGGAUGCUCCGAGGCGCCCUCCACUCUCCGAGGGAACGCUCUUCAGCUGACUGAAGCAGGGAAGCCGAGCCAAUCAGAGGCCGCUUUCCUAGCUCAGUCACCAGUCUGUGGUUGAGGAAGGGUUUUGCUUUUUGUGCUCUGUAUUGGGAAGGCAGAGAAAAUGCCAGGUCUGGACUGCCUCUGGGGAUAACCUUACCCUGUGGGAUGUGAAUGAAUAGCAUCUUGCCUGGUAAAUCCACAGGAAUUGAUAAGGCAGGCGCAGUUCUCCCAAACAGGCCUUUUCUCUUUAAGCUCUAGCUGUGGUUUCUGCAGCAAUUUUGUUUUUGCCUUGAAAGAGGUGCUCUGGAUUAUCAGACCUCCAUGUAUGACAAUUUGUACCUGCAUGGAAUUGAAGACUCGGAGGCUGAAGAAUAAUGUGAUGUGUUACCCAAGAUGGUGUGAACAGAGCUUCAAGCCAAUGGAGAAGACUAGGCCUAAAUAGCUGACCUGGUGAAGUGACACAUAAAGCCACACCUGGAGUGCCACCUCCUCAGCAGUCUUUCUCAGUGCCAAUGCAUUUAUGGCUGUAAGUGUGGGGGGUUGUCCAGAUGGAAGCAGAGCUCUCGGAACAGGUCUGGUGGAUAGGCGUGGAAAGGCUUUUCUCAGAUGGCCAGCUGCAGUCCGAGAAUAUACAGGCACUAAAAGGUUCAGCGGAUUCCUACACAAGCAGGCCAUCUGACUCCGAUGUCUCUUUGGAAGAGGACCGGGAAGCAAUUCGACAGGAGAGAGAACAGCAAGCAGCUAUCCAGCUUGAGAGAGCAAAGUCCAAACCUGUAGCAUUUGCCGUGAAGACAAAUGUGAGCUACUGCGGCGCCUUGGACGAGGAUGUGCCUGUUCCAAGCACGGCUAUCUCCUUUGAUGCUAAGGACUUUCUACACAUUAAAGAGAAAUAUAACAAUGAUUGGUGGAUAGGAAGGCUGGUGAAAGAGGGCUGUGAAAUUGGCUUCAUUCCAAGUCCACUCAGAUUGGAGAACAUACGGAUUCAGCAAGAACAAAAAAGAGGACGUUUUCACGGAGGGAAAUCAAGUGGAAACUCUUCUUCAAGUCUUGGAGAAAUGGUAUCUGGGACAUUUCGAGCAACUCCCACAUCAACAGCAAAACAGAAGCAAAAAGUGACGGAGCACAUUCCUCCUUACGAUGUUGUGCCAUCAAUGCGUCCGGUGGUGUUAGUGGGGCCGUCACUGAAAGGUUAUGAGGUAACAGACAUGAUGCAGAAAGCCCUCUUUGAUUUCCUGAAGCACAGGUUUGAUGGGAGGAUAUCAAUAACGAGAGUGACAGCUGACAUUUCUCUUGCUAAGAGGUCUGUCCUAAAUAAUCCCAGCAAGAGAGCAAUAAUUGAACGUUCGAACACCCGGUCCAGCUUAGCGGAAGUACAAAGUGAAAUUGAAAGAAUCUUUGAGUUGGCAAGAUCUUUGCAACUGGUCGUUCUUGAUGCAGACACCAUCAAUCACCCAGCACAACUUAUAAAGACUUCCUUAGCACCAAUUAUUGUUCAUGUAAAAGUCUCAUCUCCAAAGGUUUUACAGCGGUUGAUUAAAUCUAGAGGAAAGUCACAAAGUAAACACUUGAAUGUUCAACUGGUGGCAGCUGAUAAACUUGCACAAUGUCCCCCAGAAAUGUUUGAUGUUAUAUUGGAUGAAAAUCAGCUUGAGGAUGCAUGUGAACAUCUAGGGGAGUACCUGGAGGCAUACUGGCGUGCCACCCACACGACGAGUAGCACACCCAUGACCCCACUGCUGGGAAGGAAUUUGGGCUCCACAGCACUCUCACCAUAUCCCACAGCAAUUUCUGGGUUACAGAGUCAGCGAAUGAGGCACAGCAACCACUCCACAGAGAACUCUCCAAUUGAAAGACGAAGUCUAAUGACCUCUGAUGAAAAUUAUCACAAUGAAAGGGCUCGGAAGAGUAGGAACCGCUUGUCUUCCAGUUCUCAGCAUAGCCGAGAUCAUUACCCUCUUGUGGAAGAAGAUUACCCUGACUCAUACCAGGACACUUACAAACCCCAUAGGAACCGAGGAUCACCUGGGGGAUAUAGCCAUGACUCCCGACAUAGGCUUUGAGUCUGAUGAAACAAAAAAUAUUCAUCUGUUGACAAUUUGCCAUAGCAGUGCUAGGAUAAACCAAUCAUCUUAACUUGGCUAACAUAGCACAGUAUUUACUGUGCCAAUGGGCUGCUGUCAUUUUAUGCUAAGUAAGGGGCAAAAAAAAUUACAUUAUGCCCUUGAGUCUAGAUGGAUAUUAGAUGCCCGAUCAUAUAGAUAUUUUUAAGUGCAACAUUUACAUGAUAACAGUACAUUUUGUUUUCUUCAUAGAUUUAGACACAUCAAUUUGUAAUUUAGGGUACUUACAAGGCACAUAUAAAAUAAUUUCCCAUGCUGGAAAUUCCAAAUGACCAGUUCCAGUUGGAACCAAUUUAUAAACCAAUUCCUGUUGGAAUUUGGGUGAAUUGACUAGAAAGUCUACUUGAGCAUGUUGUAAUCAAUUGAAAAAUCUGGGAAAAAAUAAAAAAACUAAUAAGAAAAUAAAAAUACCAAUAGAAGCCAAAUCCAGCUUUGGUAUUUAUUUGCUGGAAGCUAAAUUUACACUUAAAGUUGGAGUGUAUAAACAUUUUAAUAUAUGUUAAUGUUGCCAGAAUGACUUUUCAAACUUACCAAAUGUAUUGAGAGUGCCAAAAAAAAUCUCAGAAAUCUUAAUGCAGAAAUUAUAUAGUCUCCUCAGAUUUUAAUAUUUUUAUUUCUUUCCUGGCACAGCUGUUGUAUUCAAAGUGUUUUGCUUUUUGUUUAGUCAGUACUGUUAGCUCAUUUGAGGUUGGCAAAAACAAAUACAAACAAGCAAAAAACCUCAAAAUGUUUUCAGCAGUAAGAGAGAAUAGUAAAGAGAAGCCCAAGCAUAGCUGGUUAUGUGAAAUAUAAAAUGGGGUGUUGUUCUCCCUUUAAUCAAUCUGAGCACAAUUACAUACAUCCAGGAAUCUAAAGUCAGAUAGUAAGGAUGUGGUACCAAUCCUCCUGAGUGUAAUGCUAAGCACUUCCAGACGGGAAUUCAUCUAUUUCUCUUAAUACAAACGCAGGGUCAGUAUUUUCCGCCAACAAGAUUGAGUAUCUUUCCAUUGCUUCUUUCAGUCUCUGUCUUUGGAUAUCUGAAUGUUCUGGCCCUUCAGCAAAUUCUUUAAAUCAUGCUAAGGAUUUUUGUUUUAUGUGGACACACUCAACUUUGAUAUUCAGGAGGUGUUUUUACAAAAUGACUAAUUGAAAAAAGUUGAAACAAAUGAUUUUGAAAGCUUGCACCAAAAAAUAAACUCAUAGAUUCAGAAAUAUUUGUUGACUAAAAUUAUAGCAUUUUAAUGCAGAAAAUUAUAAAGAAUUUGGAGAUUGAGCUGCCUUAUUUCUAAUGAACACUCCUCUUCAUCUUAUUAAGUCUUCACCGUUUUUCCAGUGGCUAUAAUUAUGGAAUUGGUGACCUAUGUUUUAUAUUAUCAAGGAAGCCUUAGAUUCACUAUGAUCCAAGAAAUUAUUGAAAUUGACCCUUUUUACAUAAAUAUCUUUUAAAAAAUUGCUCUUGUUUCUAAAUGUCCACAGUGCAUGCAUUUUCUAAAACUCCAAUAAGUCCAGCCAUCAAAGUUCUUUUCUGCUAGUACAUGUCAUGAAGCCUAUUUUUGAAAAUGAUGAUAAUUAAUUUUAUAGUAUCUUUUCUCCCCAAGCCUUUCAAUAUUUAGGUACUCAAAGCAUGCACCAGUUCAGUAAUCUUCUUGACCAUGGAAAGAAGUUCCAUAUUACUGAUGAAUUAUAUAUAUAUCUUGAACCCCAUUACAACCUCACCACAUCCCCCCUGCCUUUAUGUUCACUAUAUGUACCCCAUUACAAACCUGUUUAGCUGAUAAUGAGGACACCUAUAAAUCUGUAAGUCAUUUCAAAUAUUUGAUACAAUUAAAAAAUAUGGGCUUAGUAAAUUUUAAAAGUUAACAUGUGAUACUGGCUUGUGAGAUUCUUCUGUCAUCUAGUGAAGCUUAUAAAACUUUCAGUUAAGACAUUUUAAAAGAGUUAUAUCCAUUAGGCACUUUAAUAAACAUAUAACCUGCCAUUACUGAAUACUUUGUUAGAACACAGAAGAGCAUCUUCCAGCACACAAAAAUAUAUUUAUUACAUGUACAGCACAUACUUGCAUGAGAAAGAAAACAUUAGCCAAAACAUUUUUCUAUAUGCUUUACUGGUUUCUUGUUUGUGCGCAUUAAAGUAUUUAAUUGCAAAGAGUGCACCAAGGUGUAUAAAUUUAGACUAGACAGCUGUUCAGCUUUUUCUGUAGUAGCAUUAGCAAUUUGGUCAUUUAACUACUUUAAGAUAUUUACAUUUUAUGGCAGGUAGCUGUAACAGCAUUUACAUAUAUUUCCUAGUCAUCAAGAUUACCAUCUUCUUUCAACUUUUUAAAAGUCACUUGUUUUUAAAGGCCUCUCAAAGCCUUGUUUUUAGUCUUCCAUGUCAUGCCGAUAAGGAGAGGCUCAUUCAAUAUCUGUGCACAAAACCAAUCUAUCAUUUACCGUCAGACGUCCAUACCUGUUUUGCUUUGCAUUCUUACUCAAAAGCUGACAAUCUUGGAAAGGGUAUAAUGUAUAUUUUAUUGAUGGAUAUAUUUAAAUGUUUACUUUAAUUUGGCAUAUUCUUUCCCCUUCCUUCUGUAAUAAGUUUAUCUUCCUCAGAUAAGGGGAUAUACAUCUUAUUUUUUUUAAAGACUUAAGAGUUUAUUGUGUAAAUGAUACUUAAAAUCUAGAUAUAUACUAAAUGAAAAGUUUUAUUUUUGCCAAGCACACCAAGCACCUUUGAAAAAUACAUAUUCCAUAAAUACUUUGUUUUUAAUUAAUUUCAUUUAAAGAUAGCAAAUGAUUAUAGGCAGGAGAAACAAGUCUUUUACUGUUUGGAGGCUGUUUUAACUUACAGUACAAGCCACAUACUAGAAUUCUGUAAUUUCAGUCACAGACAUAUAACAAUAUGGACUCAUGUGAGAAUGUGGAGAUGUAGUUCUGGAAAAAAAAGGAAUGCAAUUUGUCAAUCCUGAUGUUAAUUCUCAAGGGUAUAAUGUGACUCUAAUAUUAUAACCAACAACAUUAUCUUGUUUAACAUUUAAAGCAACACUUAGAAAUGUUUAUAAGUGAUGAUUCUCUCUUAUCUUUAUACAGUUCUAUUGGAGAGAAGGUUGAAAUUGUUCACAAUUUAGACUGAUGGUCUUUCCUACUAAGAGUCUUAAUUUUGUGACUAUAUAAGUCAUUACAGUUAGUCUUUAAUGAAACGAAUUUUAUUAAUGUGAAACAAAUUCUGAGACAAUUAUUUGUUCCCUUUAAAUAAUCUGCUAUUUAAUUGUUGUUGUUGUUGCAAAAUGUAUUUUUGGAAUGUUAACCUCUUUUCAUACCUGCAUACUUGAACUUGUCUUUUGUGUGGGGGCCUUAAAAUUCAUAAUAGGAAGUGGAGGCAGUGAAAGGAAGUAAGAAAAGGAAAUUAUUCUAAAAGAUGGUUUGCAAAUUUAAACUCUUUAAAUGAACAUAUCACAAAAUGUUGUUAAGACCCAGGAUGUCCAUUAAGAAUGUUUCUUGGCAACCUUAAUUUGCAUGUUAGUAUAUAUUUUCUUAGUUACACAGUUUUAUUUUGGUAUUUGCUUAAAAAAUGUAAUACCAUUAUAGAAAUUACCCUAUGUACUGAUAUAUUUACUACCUCUUCUCUAGAGAAGACAAUCUGUCUUUAAAGGGAAAAACACUGGUCAAUAAGUAGUGAUCAAAAUUAUCACUAUUCUGGCUAACCUUGCUGCAAAACUAAAUGCAUAGAGUGUUAAAAUAUGCCUUCCCUUUAGAUUUUAAACUGUUUCCAAAAUGCUCUUUGACACCCUUUCAUUUCUUUCACGUUAGUGAAGUUUUCUUUGAAUUGAUCCACAGUUUAUCAUGAGGCAAGGUUAAUUUAACAUGUAAGUCAUCAUAGGGAACAAAACAAACUGCAAGGGAAUUGCCUUUGUGUGCAACUUGUUAUAAUAUCUAGUUCUAAGUCUAAAAGAGAGUAGAAGUCCAGAGACUUUAUGUUUAAGAGCAGCUGGUUUGCAAAUCCACAUUUUGUUGGUCCUUGACUUCUGCAGAGACCCAGAGCAUGACUUAGCUAUUUACUGGGUAAGGAUAUGCAUUAUCUUGGACUCCCAUGUAAUUGGAAUAAACUUCAUAUCAAUGUUUCAAAUAAAUGCUGUGUACCCCUUAUUCCUUUUAUAUUUCUGCCUUUGUCUUUUAUGACAAUGUUGCAUGUUGUGUUUUUUUUAAAUUAUAUAAAACUCAUCCUUGAAUGACUAUAUGAAUGAAAACUUUAUAGGAAAUUAUGUAAUAAAAUCUGUUUUAUUAGUUUCUCAUACCUUUAAAUACUGUCAAUAUUUAAAAUAACUCUUACUAAGUUUACUUCCUCAAGCUGUGUCUAUGGAGCAAAACAGUCCUCUUCUUUAAAAUGGUAAUCAUGAUCAAACCAGUCAAGUCAAUCCAGUUAGCUGUUAGACAGACAGUAAGGAUAACCUUCUUUUUGACUCAAGCAGUCGAGUUAGUCAAAAUAGUAAAAUUGGCUUAUAUGGGCACCCAGAACUACAGCAUUCAAAAAUUACUUUUAAAGAUUUCUUCUUUUAUUAAAAUGGACUUUCUUAAAAUACAUCCUCUGAUAGCAACUAUCUCUUUUUACUUAUAGAUGAUUAAUUCUAAAUGCUUCAUGUAAUUGAGGGACAUUAUGAGAAGACUAGAAAGUUUCUCAUCAGAUAAUCCUAAGGGCUGUAACUUCUACUUGCCAUAAACAAAGUAUAAUUAAGAGUGAGUAGCAAUUGGUUUGGGGGAGUCUUAGUUAUGUAUGAAACUUUCUUUUGUUUCUCAUGAUGUAUGUAAAAUGUUUGCAGAAGGAUGGUAGAAAUUGUUACUAAGGAAUUUAGAGUGGUUUGGGAGAAUACACUGAUACUUCCUCAUUUGAAAAUUAUAAGGAGUUAAAAGGGGAACUAAGAACCAGUAGUGGCUGGCCUCUAGCUUUUCAAUACUUUGUAAGUGUUCUUGGUUAUGUUUUGAACACUUAAAUUUCUCAACAAAUGGCUAUGACUAUAUUUAUGUAGGGGCCACUCUUGCCCUACUUGCAUGCCACUUUCACACACUUUUAACUGAAAUCGGUGUGAAUUCUGUAUGCAUAAGGGAUGUAUUAAAGAUGCGGGAUCAUUAACGCUAUAUUGUUGCAUACUAUUUUUCAUAUGCCUUACAAUAUUUUCUGGGACGUUAUUAAAAUGAAAGCAUUUUAUUGCCAAAAUAAAUCUAUGUUGUUAUUUAUAAUCUGCAUUAGCAGUAGAAAAAUAAUGUAGCAAAAACAUAUUGUACAGUACAAAAUUAUAAAAUAUAUAUUUUGCCAAUAAUAUAAAAAUAGAUUGAGGAGAAAGAAGCACAUUUGUUAUAGCACAAACUUAUAACAAAAUCCACUGUUAAAUUUGGCAGUCAUAUUUUUUAAAAGUAUGUCGAUUUAGUUCUAUCAGAUUUACUUCAUCUACCAUCUUUUUAACUUGCUGCUUGAUACUGUUCCAGCAAUUUAUUUCAUAGCCUUGCAAUCUGUGGAUGUAAUUUCUUUUGUUUUAUUCCCUUCCAUAAAGUUUAUUAAAUUUUAUUUUGUGAUAACACUCA